AUGACAGUAGAGACUGAUAAGCUAAUUGAUAGUGAGAAGGCUAAUGAGCCAACUCUUCGUAGCUUUCAUGCCAAUCAAGAAGAACCAGAACUGAAGAAAGCAUACAAGCCAUCAUCUGCAGAUAUGAGAUUUUUUUAUGAAAGGUUGUUACCUUUCAGAUAUAUUUUCCAAUGGUUGAGUCACUCGCCGAAGGCUACGAAAGACUUCACUAUGAGAGAGUUUGCGUAUGAAUUCAGAUCUGGUGCGUAUCAGAGAUACAACUCAUUUUCUAGUCAACAAGAGUUUAAAAAGUCAGUUGUAGAUGCAAAUCCAACGCGUUUCGAAAUAGGUGCAGUUUAUUCAGUUAAUCCACGAGAAAGAAAAAAUCUCCCAAAGCAAGCACUUAAACCGUUGAGCAAAGAACUUGUCUUCGAUAUAGAUUUAACGGAUUACGAUGAUAUUAGAACUUGUUGUUCCGGAACUGACAUUUGUCAGAAAUGCUGGAAAUUUAUUCAAUGUGGAUCAAAAAUUAUUGAGUCUUCUUUGAGGGAAGAUUUUGGGUUCAGACAUAUCAUUUGGGUCUUUUCGGGAAGAAGAGGUGCUCAUUGUUGGGUAAGUGAUGCAAGAGCGAGACUGCUCGAUGAAUCAUCUAGAAGAGCAAUUGUUGAAUACCUCGAUGUUUUGGGUUCGAAACUGGUUAAAGCAGGAAGUAAAAAAUUGGGUAGUUUGAAGAAGCCAUUCCACCCACACAUAGAAAGAUCAUUCAACUUUUUAAAGAAAGAUUUUGCUACUGUUAUACUUGAGGAACAAGACCCUUGGAAAACGUCUGCAGGUGACAAAGAUAAUGACGAGUGGAAUAAUGUGGAGGAGCUACUUUCCUUCAUACCUGAGAAGGGCUUACAAAAUGAACUAAGAUCCAGGUGGAGGGCUGAUAUUACCAUUUCAAACCUGAAGUCAAAAUGGGAAGAUAUUAAUUUAGUUGCAAAGUCUGUCCUAAAAAAUCAGAAUCAAGUCAAUCAGUUGAAUGAAGCAAAAAAAGACAUAAUAAUAUUUUAUAUGUAUCCUCGAAUUGAUAUUGAAGUAUCGAGGCAAAUUAUACACUUGUUGAAGUCUCCAUUCUGCAUUCAUCCUGGCACAGGUAACAUUUGCGUGCCCUUUGAUCCUUCAAAAAAUCUUUCUAAUAAUCAUGACGACGAUGACUAUGGAUUUAAUCCAACUAAUGCGCCUAAUCUAAGACAAUUGCAAAAUGAGUUAGAUAUAUGGGAUGCCAAGAGCGUCAAUAGAGAAUCUAGCCAACCAAUAGACGAUAUUGAUGGUGACACAGCGUCAGGAAGUAGAGUUUCAGAUUUUGAAAAGACAAGUCUCAAGCCGUAUGUCGAGUAUUUUGCUUCUUUUGUGAAUGAGUUAUUGAAAGAGGAAUUGAAUGGAAUAUCAGUCAAACGUGAACGAGAAUCGGAUCCUCUAGAUUUUUAA